GAUUCGGUCACCUUGUUGACGUUGAAUGCGCUGACAUUCUUUGACACUGUUAACUCUUCGUUCUGCUUGUCUUACUUGGCAUUAUCAAUUUAUUUAUUUCAACGAGAACCCCAAUUAUUCUUCUUUAUAGACUGAAGUCACAUUCACACACUUGAUCAGUAUAAUCUGUUGCGUGAGUGUGACUGACUUGUUUUGAGUGUGCACGUGCAACUAUUCACACGCCCUCAACAUGAACUUAAAGAUAAGACUGAAAACAGCCGACGUGAUAAAGGAUGUGUGUGUGUGUGUGUGUGUGAUGUGCCCGAGCGCCGCACCAACAAAAAGUGUAUGAGGAGAAGUUGAGGCAAACAACCAAUCAAGUGAUGGACGUUUUAUCGACAACAUGAAAAAUAAAACUCGGACUCAGACGGUCAUUUCGACACUCCCGAGGCAGCGACUCCUGUCCGCGGCCCACCAUUCGUCCCGGGGGAGCUGGAAAGUAACAACGCUGACAACAAAGCAGGUGCGGAUCAGGAUGAGCACCUGAUGGUUACAGCUCCAAUCGGGGAUCACAAAAAUGUGCUUUUCCACAACAUGGGUCAGGAUGAACCAGCCGUCCCCAUGCAAGAUCCUCUGGAAAUGAACAGCAAACACCUCCAAGCGCCACAAAAUGCUCGCCUGACAAAGCCGAUGGAUUAUGAGCCUGUUCCUGAGUCAUUCCCAGUGACAUCGAUCCCGCAAAUGGUUAAAUGCACAGUUCCACCACCGGAACCCCUCCCAGAAGAGACAUUGCUUCCUGAGGUGAUGAAAUGCCAAUUUCCACCACCAGAACCUUCCCAAGAGCAGAUAUUGCUUCCUCAAGUGGGGAAAUGCACAGUUACACCACCAGAACCCCCCCGAGAAGAGAUCUCGCUUCCUGAAGUGACGAAAAGCACAGUUCCAAGACUCGAACCCCAACGAGAAGAAAUAUUGCUUCCUGAAGUGAUGAAAUGCCAAUUUCCACCACCAGAACCCCCCCAAGAAGAGAUAUUUCUUCCUGAAAUGCCGAAAUGCACAGUUCCAACACUCGAACCCCCCCGAGAAGAACUAUUGGUUCCUGAAAUGAUGAAAUGCACAGUUCCAUCGCCAGAGCCACCCCAAGACCCAAUUCCCGUCUUGGUUAAUGAACCAUAUCUGGCUCUCGCUCCAUCUCCAUCUCCAUCGCCAUCUUCCGCUCCCGCAACAAACUCGAUCCAAAGCUAUGAAGCUGUUCCAAAUCCCGCUCUGGAGCCCACACAGGAGAAGCCUCUUGUUGAUUCUGAAGCACAAUGCAGCGGCGCCCUCCCAAAAUCUGCUUCCGGCUCCCAAAAUAAAACCCGCAAAUCCAAGCCUCCAUCCUUGUCAAUAAAGCAGACGCCGAGGGAGGAUGCGCAGUCAAAUGAGGAAGAAGAGCUUCCCGUUCCCAAGGCCUCCUACAAAUUUGACCCGGACCAGCUCGACGACAGUUUCAACCCUUUCACGAGUGGCGGAUCCAAAAUCCAGAACUCUCCACCGCCAUGCGGUACAAUAACUUUCCCCAGGCCCGAGCUGCUCGGGAGCUCUCGGAUCGAAGACAGUGCGGCAACGCCAAGUGAAGAAUCGCACUCGGAGGCAAAAGCUGCGAUGCCGGAGUUCGGUCCAGACGAGGGGGCGGUGAGCAAAGCGCCUCCAAAGAAAUUAGGAUGUAGAAAAACCGCCAGCAAAGUCAAGAAGCAAGUCAGGCCCAAAGCGUCAGAGAUUCCCUGCGAACCAGCACCAGAACCCGCAACGUCCGAAUCGGUGAUUGAGAAAGCACCAGAGACGAGCGUGCAAGUUUCCGACACCGCUGCGCCUCUAAACCUGGAUGACGUUCCCAUUCCGAGCAAAGGAACGUAUAACUUUGAUCCCAGUCAGUGGGAUGACCCCAACUUCAAUCCAUUUGGGAGCAACAGCACUUUGAGCAAUUCUCCAGUGCUCCCCAAAGGCUCCUACACCUUCAACCCGGACAAGUUUGACGACUCCGCGGACCCUUUCAAGCCCUCCAACAGCUUGAGCAACGACGAUUCGUCCGGUUGCUCCACUCGGCCCGAGAAAAAAACCAAAGAGGGAAGCACACAGAAAGCAGAGCAACUGGUGGGAGAGAAGAAAAUUCGGCAGAUUCGCAAGAAAAGCAAAGACAGGGCAGCCAAGACAUCUGAACAAGCCAAGUUUCUCUGUUUUCUGUUGAACCCCUGUAAAGUCGAGAAACAUGACGAGAGCCAAACGCAGGACGUGUGCAAGCCGGAGGAGAACGAGGUGGUGGUUACCUCGCCGGAGAUCUCACAACGAGUUCAUCACGCCACUGACGAGGAGAAGCUGGCGUCCACGGGCAUUACGGGGCAGACAACGCAAGACGAGCCCCAGCCGAAAGGAGAGUCGGAAUCUGAGAAAACAUGCGGCAAAAAACAGACUCUUGAUGACAUCAUACCCGUCACAGAUGCUCCAGAGACGGUGGAUCAUGAAGAUGAUAAGGACGCCUGCAUUGUGAAGGAUGACACGCGCGAGAAUCCCACAAUGUGCAGCGGCGACGCCGACGCGGAGGUCCCGUCCCAAGACAAAAUUUCCCUGACCGAGAUUGACAAGGCAGCGGUGCUGACCCUCAUCAGAGAGGAGAUCAUCACAAAAGAGAUUGAGGUGAACGAGUGGAAGACAAAGUACGAGGAGAGCAGAGCUGAAGUUUUAGAGAUGAGGAAAAUAGUUGCCGAGUAUGAGAAGACGGUUGCUCAGAUGAUUGAGGAUGAGCAGGAGCAGAAGACGCUGUCCUGUAGUAAAUCGGUCAGACAGCUGACGAUGGAGAGGGACCAGGCCCUGUCUGACCUCAAUUCUGUGGAGCGCUCCUUCGCUGACCUCUUCAGGAGGUAUGAAAACAUGAAGGGGGUCCUGGAGGGCUUCAAGAAGAAUGAGGAGGUCCUGAAGAAAUGCGCACAAGACUACCUGACGCGCAUCAAGCAGGAGGAACAGCGUUACCAAACCCUCAAAGUGCACGCGGAGGAGAAACUGGAUCGGGCCAAUGAGGAGAUAGCGCAGGUACGUUCCAAGGCCAAUGCGGAGGGGCUUGCGCUCAAUGCCAGCCUGAGGAAGGAACAGAUGAAGGUGGACUCGCUUGAAAGGGCCGUCCUUCAGAAGAAUCAAGAGAUUGAGGAGCUCACAAAGAUCUGCGAUGAGCUGAUCGCCAAAUUGGGAACGGAGUAAAAACGUGAAGUUUUCUUUUAAGAGAGCACGCAAAGCAUUGGAUGUGCACAUCAACGUACUUCAAGUAUCUGGAGUGAAUCUUGUACAUGUUUGCAUACCUCAUAUGGAAAUAAUGAACUCGAGCAGUGUUCAAGCACAAAAGUGAGGCAUCGUUUGACAAUAUGGAAAGAUUUUUUUUGUAUUUUGUCUUCAUUUAUUGACCUUGUGGGAGGGGGGGUUCUAUCAUCAUAGUUGUCAUUUACAUACAAAUAAUUGGAAGUCAUGCCAGUGAGUGCCUGAGCUGAAGUGGGAUUUUAGUUUCUUCCUGAGUUUUCAUCUACAAAAUGACUAUUUUGAAUACGAUCAAUUUUUAAACACGUUUACUUUUAUUGGAUUCCCCAUCACAGCGCAUCUCCGUAAAUUACAACAUUGGAGAUAACUAAAAUUUGGAAAUCAUACAUUAAUACAGAAAAGAGGUAGGAAUUUGAAUCCCGCAAAAACAUUUUCCUGCGUGUUUAAUGAAUGGUAAAUGAGUUGACUUUUUUAAUUGAACUACAAUUGUAUUUAAAAUCUUCAUAAUUCAAAGCAUUUUAUAAAAAAAUAUGCUGCUUGUUUUAUUAAGACCUUUAAGUCAUUUGAUGGUCUUCAGAGUGUAUAUUACAGAUAUGCAUAGCAGUGACAUCAUGAGCUUUACAAUCCCGACAUGUGUGGGAUCAUUUAAAAAGAAGAGCACUCCUUGGGACAACUGAAUCACGCGUUCAGUCAAACAACCUCUUUCGGACGAGUUUUUGGAAGCACAGCCGUAAUUGUCAUUACCUUGUGCCAUGUAUCGGAAGAUUUUUGUCACGACCGUGUUUUCCCAAAAUUCAUCUGUUCUCCAAAUAAGGUGUGCCUUGAUUGUGUCCAUUUUGUGAAUAGAGAAAAAUGUGUUUCCUGUCAGUCCCUCAUGAAAUCGUCUCUUGUGGCCAAAGUGAUCGUCUCGCACGUCCAUCCCACGCUGCGAUCGCACACAAUGUGCAUUUGCAGUUUGAACAUGUUCCAGCGUUGAUGGCAUUCUCAGGUCGGAUUGAACCCGAGGGAAGAUGCAGGUGCUGCAAUGUGAUGGAUGGUCUGCUCUUCCAUGGAAGGCUCCGUUCAGCACAAUCUUUGCCAAAAUAAUGACGAAUUAUGUUGCGUUGUGGCGGAGUUUCAUUUGUUUCGAACGUAAAAAUCCAGCAUGUACAUUUUAUACUUUAUGAGAAGGCUUAAUAUUUGUAUAUGGAAUUGGUACUGCCGUGUACUCAAAUUGUAUGGUAUAUUUUGUGCAUUCCCGAAAUAAAAAGUUCAUGUUU